AUGAAGAUGGCUACGCCGGAGGAAGCUGAGGGCUGUAACAUCGGUGAUUAUGUGCUUCCCGUGGCUCCUCUGCCUCCCCUUGAUUCUAUGGCGUACUUCGAUGCAAUACAAAAUGAGCCUAUUGAGAUAGACCAUGAGGCUAUAGCAUCCGUGUUUUGGGUAUUAUUGAAUAGAGUGUGUGUCAAGUCUAUAGUUUCUGAAACAGGUUCUAACAGCAUUCCGGGACUUAUUUUUAUGAUGAUAUCCGAUCCGGACUCUGGUCUUUCUGACUACCGACCGCUAGGAUACAACCUUCUCUUGAAAGCUUUCUUAAUUCCGGCAGAUUCAGUAGCACUUGAGGAGGAUAAGUGCAGUGCAGUGAAAAGGGUGAAUCUGCCUACUGGAAGUGCUUGGUAUGCUCCUCCUGGCCAAGGCUUUGAAAAUUUCACUAGUAGAGCACAUCAACGGAAGAUGUUGGAUUGGGUGCCUCAGAAUGUUCGGCUUUCUCGUCAGGGGAAUGCUCCUAAUGCAGGCUUAUAG